AUGCUCUUGAUAUCCCUGGCGGUAUUCAUCCUAUUCUGCUUCUCAUGGUCAAUCUCAGUGUAUCAGUUGCGGAUCUGGAUCGCUCAAGGUCGCCCGACCGAGGAAGGACUCCCAUCAGACAGGGCAGUUCUCAUAGCGGAGUGGUUGGGUUAUGCUCAAGGCAGAUUCAUGCUCGCGAGUUUGCUCCUCGGCGAUGUCAUCUCACUUUGGCGAGCAUAUGUCAUAUGCGGCAGACCACGUUGGCUGUACGUACUCUACAUCGCAAUAACCAUCAUCGAGGGCUUGUUGUACUGUCUCUUCAUCGUCACCGCCGUCGGCGGUUAUCCGGGAAUGCAGACGGGCCCUCUUGACGGCAAUGCUUCUGCGAAACUCGCAGAUAUAUCCUUCCCCGCUGGUGCUGUCGCGCUCUGUUGGACGUCUGUGGCCCAGUUAUCAUCCACAAUCCUGAUAGCGUACAAGACAUGCCCCAGGUCACACUGGAAAGAUGUCAGGGAGUUCGCGCACCUCACAAAUACGCGUCACAGCAUUGCGAUCUUAGGCGUCCUGAUCGAGUCUGGCAUCAUAUAUCUGGCACUUAUUCUCUCGUUCCUCCUCGUCAAUCACAUCAACGUACCUUCGGAGGCCGCGUUCUCGACCCCUUAUUACAUGGUGCCGCUCAUCUCCAUGUACCCGUCGCUGGUUGUCUUUCUCGUCGCUACGCGCCGCUCUGCCUUUGAGCACAGUACGGGUGUAGAGGCUACGUGCAUGAAGCUGGAUCGAGUCGUAUCUACGACAGAAUGUGGGCAAGGAAGCAGCCAAGCUACUCCUACCCUCCCCAGCCCUUGA